CUGGGCUCUGAAAGCCCAUUUCUCUGGGACAUCAGAUUCCAUCUCUUGCAGCAUGUACUCUCUCCAGCUCCUGUUCAGGGCCAGCCAUGCCGCCUUGCUCCUGCUUUUCUGCCUGCUGCUGGGAACCAACACAGCUCAGGAAGACACUCGACAGGUGAUGAUAAUGGACGCGAACUUGCCCCAACUCACAAGAACAAAUGAAGAAGUCACAUUGAGGCUUUCAGUUAGAACACAAUUGAGAGAAUGUAUGGUGAUCAAAGCUCACCUGAUAAGCAGCAUUCCAGUUGAUGGCCCUUUUAACUAUAAAUUCACCGGCUGCCUCUGUGAAGAUUAUCCAAGAACCUUCUAUUGGGACUUCCAGGCCAACCGCACUGUAGUCAUCGCAGCUGUGGUUGACGUCAUUCGUCAACUGAAUAUCUGCCCUAACAACAAUAAGGCAGUGAUACCCAUCGAAGCGAACCGUUUUCAUGUCUUGAAGACCCUCUACGUAAACUGAUCUUACUGGAAGGUUUUGUCUCACUGCGCCCUGCCCGAGGCGGCUUCCUCUGAGGCAACUUGGCUGGGCUGUGUGCUGUGGCUACAA